UUUUUUUUUUUAUAUUUUAUAUUUUUUUAUUUUCUAAAAAGGCAAAUCAUCAAGGAUCAAAUGAAACUUUUAUUGUCAGUUUGUAUCUUAUUAUCGGGGCAUUUGAUUUUUGCACAACAAGCAUGCCAAGGUAUUGAAAUAUUAUAUCCAAAAACAGAUUCUGUUAUCGACCGAACAGAGGAUCAGACAUCCACUUAUUUAAUACUUGGUAAUACGUACAAAAAUAGCGUCUUGAAAAAGGUUUUGCUUUUACAUGAAAAAGAUGGAAGUGAAGUUACAAAGGAAGUCUGGACCGGAGAAGACGAUCUUUUAAAAGUAUCGGCUAUCCAGCAAAAUUUGGGUGACCUUGAUUUACCAAAUACAUAUUGGUUCAGUGCUCUGAUUGAGCAGGAAGGUCAUGAAUGUUUAUUCGAUUCUGGUAGAUUCAAAAUCAAUAACAACCAGUAGUUUGAGUGGAAAAAUAAAAAAUAAUAAUCUAUAAAUAUUUUAAUUUACAUUUCUUUAUUCGUCAAGGCGUGUCACAUUAAUUAUGAACUCCUUCUAAACAACUUCUAAGUUGGAUAUAAAAACGGAUUUAUAAAAAUCAUUUUCU